CUGGACUCAAAAACAUGCCUGCCGUAGGAUCCUGUGAUGUGUCCAUUCGCGUGUUGAGUCGGCGGCUUGUGAAGGCAUCCGACCCCUCCCUCCAGCCGCACGUCGUCACCUUCUCAAACCUAGAUCUCUACCCGGACAACGUGCAGGCCUCCAUAGUGUGCCUCUACCCCAAGCUGUCAACAAAGUCCGGCCCGGGCGGCGGCUUCGACGCCGUCGUCUCCACCUUCGAGGCCGUCCUGCCGACCUUGCUUAACCACUUCUACCCUCUCGCCGGUCGCAUUGUCGUCAACCCAAGCUCCGGCGUCCCCGAGCUCCACUGCCACAACCAGGGCGCGGAGCUCGUGGUGGGAGAGGUCGGCGUCGCCCUGGGCAGCCUGGAUUACGGUCUUGCCGAGGAGUCCCUGAAGAAGAUCAUGAUGCCGUACCCUGAGGACGUCACGCUCUCGGUGCAGCUGCUGUCCUUCGCGUGCGGCGGCUUCUCCGUCGUGUGGGCCAACAACAACCUCCUCAACGACGGCAACGCCAUCACCAUGUGCGUCAGGAUGUGGUCCGAGCUGGCACGGGCCGGCGGGAGCAUCGCCACCGUGGGAGCGGUGUCAGUGAACCACGACCGCUCGAUGUUCCGCCCCCGCAACCCGCCGGCCUACAGCGACGCGCUCGACGCCAUGUUCGCCACGUACGACGACCACCGGACGGUGAACGCCCUGACGGCCGCCGCCAGCUUCGUGGAGCGCCUCUACUACGUCGAGGCGGCCGACAUCGCCAAGCUGCGGGACAUGGCCACUGUCACCGAGCUCCAGCGUCCCUCACGCGUCCAGGCGGUGUCCGCCUACUUGUGGAAGGUCCUCGCCGCCGUCGUGGCCGCGUGCCGCGUGCCCGAGGAGCGGUGCUGCAUGGGCUGGAUGGUGGACGCUCGGCGGCGGGUGAAGUCGCCCGAGCUGAUCCCCGCGAUGCGCAACUACUUCGGCAACGUCACGGCCUACGCGCUGGGCGGCGCGGCCGUGGAGGAGAUCCGGCGGAAGCCGCUGGCCGAGGUGGCGGCCAUGGUGCGGGAGACCAUCACGUCCAUAGACUACGACGAGUACCUGCAGGAGCUGGUGGACUGGGUGGAGGUGCACAAGACGGAGCACGUGAUGGAGAAGGGCGUCCUCGGGCUGGGCUCGCCGACGUUGAACCAGACCGUGUUCGCGUCGUUCCCGCUCGACACGAACUUCGGCUUCGGCGACGCCGCGCUCGCGCUGCCCAUCUGCGACUAUGGGAGGCUUUGUUCGGGCUACCUGUCCGUCGGAGCGCGGCCUGGAGGCGACGGCUCCUGGCUCCUCAGCGCCUACAUUUGGCCGCAGAUGGCGGCGGCGCUGGAGUCGGACGGCGUCUUUAAGCCUCUCACGGCGGAGUAUCUCGGUCUCACAGUCACACCCUAGCGGCGACGUGGUCGAUCUACAUGCGCUGCAUGCAUAUCAGAUCAGAAUCAUGCAUGCGCGCUACCUUGCAUUGUGUACGUCGUUCGUGUAAUAAUGUUGCAUGGUCUCGGGCCAGUGCUAAAUAAAAAUCUCUGUUAAUUUUC